GUCUCCCCCGCAUCCAGGUCCCCGUGUCGCUGCGCCCCGCCCGCUGCGCCGGUCCCGCCCUCCUGGCGCAGCCCAAGGCCCUCCCGGAGCUAUUUUGAAAGUGACCCUGGGCUCGGGCGCCCGGGACGCGUGGAGAGGGCGCAGCGGGCGGCGGGAACCAUGACAGAAGAUGACCGAGGCAGCGCUGGUGGAGGGCCAGUGGAAGAGUAGGUGGCUGGUACUGCGCAAGCCAUCGCCUGUGGCAGACUGCCUGCUGAUGCUGGUCUACAAGGACAAGUGUGAACGCUCCAAGGGCCUUCGGGAGCGUAGCAGCCUCACCCUGGAGGACAUCUGUGGCCUGGAGCCUGCCCUGCCCUAUGAGGGCCUGGCCCACACUCUGGCCAUCAUCUGCCUGUCUCAAGCUGUCAUGCUGGGCUUCGAUAGCCAUGAAGCCAUGUGUGCUUGGGAUACCCGUAUCCGCUACGCCCUGGGCGAGGUGCACAGGUUCCAUGUGACGGUAGCUCCUGGCACCAAACUGGAGAGUGGUCCAGCCACUCUGCACCUCUGCAAUGACAUCCUGGUCCUGGCCAGGGACAUCCCUCCAACCGUCACGGGGCAGUGGAAGCUGUCAGACCUCCGGCGUUACGGGGCUGUGCCGAAUGGAUUCAUCUUCGAAGGCGGGACCAGGUGUGGGUACUGGGCUGGAGUCUUCUUCUUGUCGUCAGCCGAGGGAGAGCAGAUGAGCUUCCUGUUUGACUGCAUUGUCCGAGGCAUCUCCCCGACCAAAGGCCCGUUUGGGCUUCGGCCAGUUCUCCCAGACCCGAGUUCUGGGGGACCCUCAGCCUCAGAAGAGCGUGUUGCCCAGGAAGCACUGGAAGCCCUGCAGCUAGAGAAGAGGCUCAGCCUGCUUUCACACUCUGGCCGGCCAGGCAGUGGAGGGGAUGACCGAAGUCUAUCCAGUUCCUCUUCUGAGGCCAGCCACUCAGACAUCAGCGCCAGCAGCCGGCUCACUGCAUGGCCGGAGCAGUCCUCGUCCUCAGCCGGCACAUCACAAGAAGGACCAGGGCUGGUGGCUGCCCAGGGCCCAGGAGAAGCCAUGCUGGGAGCCUCGAGGCCACCCCUUAAGCCGCUGCGGCCUCGGCAGUUACAGGAGGUUGGCCGCCAGAGCUCCUCUGACAGUGGCAUCGCCACAGGCAGCCACUCCUCCUACUCCGGCAGCUUCUCCUCCUAUGCCGGCAGCAACCUGGACGUGUGGCGGGCCGGCGAGGAAUUCGGUUCUCUGCUCAGCCUGCCGCCCGGAGCCAGCGCACCUGAGCCCAGACUGUGUGCCUGCCCACCUGGGGCGGCCGAGUACCAGGUGCCCACGUCACUGCGACACCACUAUGACACACCUCGAAGCCUGCGCCAGGCCCCCAGAGACCCAAGCCCAGCUUCUCAGGGCAGCUCUGACCACGGUUCGGCCACAGACUUGGGUGGUCAGGCGCCCACGGGGUGUCCCUCCAGUUGGCUGGGAGCUCGCCGACGGGGACAGGCAACGGACAGCCCAGGCAGUGAUGCUGUGCUGCCCGGUCCAUCCCCUGGCGAGUCCUGGGAAGCAGGCAGCCCCCAUGCAGGACCACCUCCAGCUUUCUUUUUGUCAUGUUCAAUCUGUGGCGGACUCAAGGUAAAGCCCCCUCCCUGAGAUAACAGGCUGGCAACUACUGGAUCCGCCCUUCCAGACAGGGGAGGAGGGGCCCUAGCCUCUUUGCAGAGGAGAUGCUCUGUGCUGUUUUGAGAAGCCACCAGACCUGUAGCAAGGGCCUCAGGGGCAGGGUGACAAACACAGGGCUGUCCUUCCCAGGUGGCUGCCAGUGCUGGAGGCAGGUCAGGCUGAGGUCAGGAGAGCCCCUGAUCCUGCUUUUCCAGGAUCUUCUCACGCAUGGCCUGGAUCAGGCAGAAGGCUGCGUGCCAUGGGCUCCGGCAACAUGUUGAUUGCACUGCUGGGGGCAGAAGAUCUCCGUAGCUGGGGUCAGUUCUCAGUGACUAGGCUUGGCCUGGACCACUGCCCUCUUCCCCUCUGUCACUGGCCAUUUCUGACCUCCUAUCCAAAAUCAAAUCUACCACGGCUCAGCUCCUCUAGAUCCCCUAGUCUGUGCGCCAGCGGGUCUGUGUGUGUAUCCCAUCGGUCGGGCACAGUCUCUAUGCGAUCUGCUUUACACGGCGCCCCGCGGCACCCACAGGUGGGAUCAGUGUCCCAUCCCACGGGGAGGAAACUGACGCUCAGGAGGCUCCACAACUUGCGGGGUCUGUGACAUUGACACCCACCCCCACCCACACACACACACAGAUCAGUCUGCUCCUGGGCCCCUGGAGGGCUCUGAGAAGAGGGCUGCCUGACGGGAGUGUGCAUCACCCCACCCCCAUCCCCCAGAGGCUGAGUGUGCCCAGUGUCCUGAGAUCAGUUGGCUGGAGGUUCUCUUGCAGAACCUUGCAGUUGUGCUCCCCUGUGUGCCUCCUUGCUGGGACCAGGAAGCUGGUGGCAGGACCAUGUGGAAGAAAUGAGGAGGAGGGCUCUGGCCCUGCCCACAGGUCACCCUGGCUCUGUGCUCGGGUGUCCACCCACCCCGGGUUGUGUGCUCCCUUGCACAGAGCAGAGGUGCUCCGCUUCCCUGUGUCAGGGGGUUGGUGUGGCUGUGCCCACCCUUUCUGCAUCCCUCCAUUGGCACCUACAGUUCCGAUCUGGCAGGCCAACUCACCUGUAAAUGCCUCGGCCUGUACCUGCACUGCGGCCAACCAUGUUGCUCUAUUGCGGUUUUUAAAAUCUGUUUGUAAUACGUUCUCAGACUGGAAAUAAAGUUAUCUUUUCUUAC